CUCUUCGUUCGUCUCUUUCCCUUCCAUUCCAUCCCAUGGCCAUCGUAGUGGCAAAGAUCGGUGCCGUUUUGUCGGCCAAAACCCUAGCGCUUGAGCGCUUCCUCUCCUCGCCCUCCUAUUCUUCCUCGACCCGUGGCGUUGGCCUCAGGGUCGCCUGCAGAUCUUCGCCUUCUCCUUCCACGGAGACCAGGAUCUCACGGGCUCAGCGGCGCAUGGUCGAGGCGUUCAAUCCCGAUAUUCCCCUCGCCGAAGCCAUCACGCCCCCCAGCUCGUGGUGCACCGAUCCGUCUUUCCUCGCCCUCGAGUUCGACCGCGUCUUCUUCCGGGGAUGGCAGGCCGUCGGUUACACUGAACAGAUUGAGCAGCCUCGUGAUUUCUUCACAGGAAGACUGGGAAAUGUUGAAUUUAUUGUUUGCCGAGAUACUAAUGGAACUCUUCGUGCUUUUCACAACGUGUGCCGCCACCAUGCUUCUCUAGUUGCCUCUGGAAGUGGGCAGAAGUCAUGCUUUGUGUGCCCUUAUCAUGGGUGGACCUAUGGUCUAGAUGGCACCCUAUUGAAGGCUACUCGAAUUACAGGAAUCAAGAACUUAAAAAAGGAUGAAUUUGGUCUUAUACCAUUGGCUGUGGCUACUUGGGGACCUUUUGUACUCAUCAGAUUCGACAGGCAUCCUGUUCCUCAGCAAAAUUGUUGUACUAAGACAGUGGAAAAUGAAUGGCUUGGGAGUGCUUCAAAUAUCCUGAGCACGAAUGGGAUCGACUCUUCAUUGAAACAUGUUUGUAGGCGUGAAUAUACUGUCCAAUGUAAUUGGAAGGUUUUCUGUGACAACUACUUGGAUGGUGGAUAUCAUGUUCCUUAUGCUCAUGGAGAUCUUGCAUCUGGUCUUAAUCUUGACUCAUAUUCAACCCUUAUAUUUGAGAAAGUGAGCAUUCAAAGAUGUGAAGGUGGGCCAACGGAUAAAGAUGGAUUUGAUCGGCUAGGCUCAAAAGCAUUAUAUGCUUUUGUUUAUCCUAACUUCAUGAUCAACAGGUAUGGUCCAUGGAUGGACACUAACUUAGUUGUUCCAGUGACCACAACCAAAUGUCAAGUGAUAUUUGAUUAUUUUCUUGAUGUGUCCCUUGUGGAUGACAAGGUGUUCAUCGAGAGAAGUUUAGAAGAGAGUGAGAGAGUGCAGUUACAAGACAUCGUACUAUGUGAAGGGGUUCAGCGAGGCCUGGAAUCGCCAGCUUACUGCAGCGGAAGAUAUGCGCCAACGGUUGAGAUGGCCAUGCAUCACUUCCACUGUCGGCUGCAUGAGUGCCUUGGUAACAUCUAAUGUGUUACUGCUUGCUUCUCCUUCAUAGAACAUAUGAACCUUAGCAUCGCAACUUGAAUUUGUUGGAUUCCUAGCAAAUUUAUUUGCAAUGCUAAAAUAUAUAGACUUCAUUUUGGUAAUAUUGAUACCAAGCAUAGUCGAAUAACUUGUCGAGCCAACUCGAAGGCUCAAGUUGUGAUAUACAACCAACAACAGAAAUUAUAGAAUAUAUAUUAAGUCUCCAAAUUAUUGUGCAAA